GAAGUUUGAUUUGUAUUGGACAUUUAGUUCAUAACUAUGGCAGGCUUGGUUUUGUGGUUUGUUAUUUAUGCUUUCUUUUUGUUUAAUAGUGCCUACUGUAGUAAUGGUUGGGGCUCUUUUAAGAACAAACCAGGGAUUGCUCAGAAUAUUCCCUCUUCCCCCAGAGUGGGUAGUUUUGUGCGUAACAGGUACUCUAAGGUUGGUUUUGUACCUUCUGGCAAUAGUGAUGCUUCUGUUUAUUUUCGGGCUGCCUCUUCUUUAAGGUCUGUUAUGGUAUUGUGUAAUGAGGCAGACCUGAUCGUAACUGUAAACAAAGAUCUCUUUGGAAUAGGCCAUUUGGUGAAAGAGUCUGACCUUACUCUAGGUUCUGUUGGUUGUCCCCCAACUUACAAAAAUGCUACUGCUGCUGUUUUUCAGUAUGGACUCCAUGAAUGUGGAAGCUCUGUAGAAAUGACUGAAGAUGCCUUGGUCUAUAAUAUUGAUCUCUACUAUAGUCCCAGCAGCAGCCUUGUCAUAAUAAGGACCAAUGAAGCUGUGGUUCCUAUCCAGUGCUAUUAUCCAAGGAAGGACAAUGUAAGCAGUAAUGCCAUUCAACCUACCUGGAUUCCGUUUAGAUCAACUGUAUCUUCUGAACAAAAACUCAAUUUCACUUUGAGACUAAUGAAUGAUGACUGGAGUUCUGUUAGACAAUCCACAGAGUACUAUCUUGGUGAUGUGCUACAUAUUGAAGCUUCUGUAUCAACUGACAACCAUGCCCCCUUACGGCUCUUCAUUGACAGCUGUGUGGCAACACUCCAAGAAGAUGAAAAUUCUGUUCCCAAAUACUCCAUAAUAGAUAACUAUGGUUGCUUAACUGAUAGCAGAGCUACAGAUUCUUCAGCUUUCCUGUCCCCAAGAUUCAGGGAUGAUUUACUUCGUUUUGAUCUGUCUGCAUUUAGAUUCUUCAAAGAUUCCAGAAGUAUGAUUUAUAUCACCUGCCACCUGAAAGCUGUCAGCAUUUCCCUGAGUCCAGAUGCUAUAAAUAAAGCCUGUUCCUUCACUUGGCCUGGCAAUAUAUGGUCUCCAGUAGAAGGCUUCAAUAACAUCUGCAGCUGCUGUGAAACUGGAAACUGUGGUCCUGCAAAACAACUGAUCCAUCCAUCUGGAAGGAGAUCUAGUGGAAGAUCUUUCAGAAGACAUGGGAAGAGAAGUGCCUCAAGAUGGACCCAGAAAGGGGAUGCUCACACUGGACCAAUCAUGAUUUUAAGUUCAUUUAAAGAGGUUCUACAGGAAGUCUCUACCUCUGAGCAUCCACAGAAUUCCAGUGGUCUAAAUAUUGGAAUGAUGUCACUUGUCAUUGCUGGACUUGCAGGAGCUGUAAUCUUCAGUGUUGCUGCAAUUGUUUAUGUGAAACUUAAAUCCCUAACUGAAGUGCAUUAAAGCUGUCUUAUCAAAGUUG